AUGAUCAACCCAUUCAAGGCCAUGGCGAGACUCAUGAAGAGACUCAGAAGGAAGCAAAGGCUUUCGUCCGAACUAGACACCCGCUGGGGCGAUCCAUCUAUCAGCUACCCAAACCAAGGGUCCUGGAACCAGCGGGGCCAACCGUCCGGCUUCGUUACAAAUACCUCGGCGAAGUCCCCUCGCAAUAUAGAAACGCAAGAGACGCGACACUAUGUGCCCGUGGAGACGACACCAUUCCAGAACCCCAGAACCCCGAGCGACUCGGGCUAUCAAAGCUUCAGUGCUCGAGAGGACCAUGCCCAUGCAGCCUCGGCGAUCCCUAAGGGAUACUUCAACGAGAAUAUACGGCAUCGGACUGAUAAAAGCCAAAUGCCACCUGUUGAAGGGCUUCGUAUUGAUGGAACUACACACGAGAUGAACAGGACAAUUGGGGAUUCAUCUCCGGAUGACUCAUGCGACGAAGACGACGACGAGGAAGAAGAAGGACGCGAUACCCUGGGAGACCCAGGUGGAGGACUGGUCUUCCACAGCCCCCUGACAGGAGACCGGCCGCAAAUUUCACCGCGAGAAGACCAAGAUCCUUAUUUCGAUCGCGCAUCCAAAUCACCCCCGCUGUCUAUUACCCAACGUAUGCGCCGUCUCAGCCAACAGAGCUCAUCUACCGAGCCAACCUCGUCUGUCGCGGGAACAGCGAGCUCUCGACGGACCAGCUAUACCGCUGCCUCGUCGGUGUCGGCACCAUCUCUUCCACCUGAUACACCACGCUUUGCAUUCAACAAUGGGUAUCCUGCAUACGAGAAACGAUCUGCUCCCCGCCCAAGGCACCGGGAGUCCGAGUCCGCGGCUCGGCAGCAGAUGGUUCCGUCCUACGAUGAACUUUAUGGGUGA